AUGUCAGGUCGGAUCACCGUGCGCAAUCUUACCGCGCAGCCAUUGACCAUCAAGCACAUCGAGCGGUAUGAAGCUCCUCAGGAACGGCGGGGCAGCGCUGGGCUUGGAGCACUUGCCAAGAACUUUACCACUCUCAUGAGCAAUGCUACGGGAGGAGAAUCCGAUCCACGGGCCCCAACACGGCACGAAUUGUCUGAGAAGGCGCAGAGCUAUGCUCAACAAGACAUCGAUAUUCGAUUGGAACCUUUUACAAGCCAUAAGUCUGACAUCAAUUUAUUCGAGCGUGCUUCUGGAGAUGUUGUACGCCUCACUCUGCAAGGCGAUGGAGGCGGCAAGUGGCGGAUUGAUGUUCCUACCAGGAGUGCCGCAGCUGAAAAGCUCACGCCCUUGACACCAGAUCCAAAGCACGACUACAGUGGCAUAUUUGUGACCAGGGACUGCUUCCUUGCCAUAAUCGAGGACUGUAACCUCCAGGCCUGGAUGAAAGAGUUCAAAGAUGACACUUCACUUGCCGCUCUUUCGAUCCCCGGUACUCACAACUCUCCAACAUGCUACAAAGCCUUACCAUCUGUUCGCUGCCAGGCAGUCCCGCCGAAAGAGCAGCUGGAGAAUGGCGUCCGAUUCUUCGACAUUCGUGUCCAGCCAGCCAACCCGGACGACCCGAAAAGCGACGAGCUCAAUCUUGUUCACGGAGUCUUCCCAAUUUCGCUCACUGGCCCCAAGAAGUUCCGCGGUCUGGUGAAAGAAGUCCGAGAAUUCCUGGACCAGAAUCCCUCCGAAACGGUCGUCAUCAGCUUGAAGCGCGAAGGUCCCGGCAAUGCCACAGAUCAGCAGCUUGGCGCAAUCAUUCGCGACCAUUACACUGCAGGCAACACCAAUAAGUGGUAUACGGAGCCGAAGGUGCCGCAUCUUGGUCAGGUCCGCGGCAAGAUCGUGCUCAUGCGUCGGUUUGCGCUCAGCGAUCGAUUGAAGCGGGAAUGGGAUGGACGAGGAUGGUGUCUCAAUGCCGAGAAUUGGGCCUAUAAUACCCCAGAUUGCACAUAUGGUGAUGUCCGAGUGCAAGAUUUCUGCGAAGUCCUCGAGACCGAGAACAUUGACAAGAAGAUCGGCUUAUGCUGUGACCACUUCGAGCGGGCAGGUGGUGUCAUUUGUCCAGCCUCAUUCGAGAAAGUUGGUCCUCUUUUUCUGAACUUUUUGUCCGCCUCCAACUUCUGGAAAGUCGGAUGUUGGCCAGACAAGAUUGCUGCGAAGCUGAACCCGACCGUCACGAGUUUCAUGAUUCAGAAGCAUGAGAUUGGCGGUGACAAGGGAGAUGGCGGGACUGGUAUUGUAGUCUGCGAUUGGGUCGGUAAAGAUGGUGAUUGGGAUCUCGUUCGCACCAUUGUCAAUAUGAACUCGCGGUUAUUGCUGAAGCAGCGUGGCAUCGGAUGGCGUUAG